AUGCGGGGCUGCCACCUGACUCGGGGCGCCGGGUGCAGCAACGCCAAGUGCGCCCAGGCCCAGAAGAUGCUCCGCCAUUACGCCGAGUGCAACCGUAAGAGGGCCCUUGGCGGGCGCUACUGCCUGGUCUGCUCCCUGGUCGCUCGCUCCACCGCCACCAACACCAGCAACAACCACCACCAGACCAACAGCAACGUCAUGCUGCCCCCCACCUCCCCCAACGGCUCUCCAGUUGGCCGAACCUCCCCGGCGAACCGCCGGCAGCCUCUGAGCUAUCUUGGUCCUGGGGCCGUCCCGACCAGGCGCGGUCCUAGCGUGCAGCAGCACCAGGACAGGGCGACGGCGGCGGCGGGGGGGAAGGGGCAGGGAAUGGACGCCACGCGGCUAUCGUCUCCGGUGUUGAUCUCGCGGAGUAAGCGGGGCGGCGGCGUGGCCGGGCAAUUGCUGCAACCGCAGCAGCAGCAGGGUGGUGCAAUGCCCGGUUCGCCGCUACAGCAGCCGCAGCAGCAGUGCAUGGUGAUUCUUCGGGGCAGCAAGUUCUUUCGCUCCCUGCCGAAGACCCGCCGAGGAAGUUGGGGCGGGUACGACCGCACCCGCUACCUGCGACGCACGCGCUUCGACUCCAUCCCCGAGGAGGUGCCGGAAGAGGACUGCGACGACGACGACUACGACCAAGAGACGUCUUCAGACGCGGGUUCGAAGUCGACCGUGGGCGACGCGGACAGCCGAAGCAAGACCCUGCUCAGUUCCAUUUCCUUGUGA